GCCUUCCUCCAACCUGCGCCGCUACAACAUGGCUCCGCGUCUGUGCAGCAUCUCUGCAGCGGCGCGGCGGGUGCUGGGGAACCCGGGACCCCGCGCAGGGGACGUCGCGGCUGCGGCUGCGACGCGUUUCUAUUCCAAGGACAAUGAAGGCAGCUGGUUUCGGUCCCUCUUUGUCCACAAGGUGGAUCCUCGGAAGGAUGCCCACUCCACCCUGCUGUCCAAGAAGGAGACCAGCAACCUCUAUAAGAUCCAGUUUCACAAUGUGAAGCCUGAGUGUCUGGAUGCCUACAACAGCCUGACGGAGGCUGUGCUGCCUAAGCUGCACCUGGAUGAGGACUAUCCCUGCUCACUUGUGGGCAACUGGAACACAUGGUAUGGGGAACAGGACCAGGCAGUGCACCUGUGGAGAUUCUCAGGCGGCUACCCGGCCCUCAUGGACUGCAUGAACAAGCUCAAAAACAACAAGGAGUACCUGGAGUUCCGAAAGGAGCGGAGCUGUAUGCUGCUAUCUAGGAGAAACCAGUUGCUCCUGGAGUUUAGCUUCUGGAAUGAGCCACAGCCUAGAGCGGGCCCCAACAUCUAUGAACUGAGAACAUACAAGCUCAAGCCAGGAACCAUGAUUGAGUGGGGGAACAACUGGGCUCGGGCCAUCAAGUACCGACAGGAGAACCAGGAGGCAGUAGGCGGCUUCUUCUCACAGAUAGGAGAGCUCUACGUUGUGCACCACCUCUGGGCUUAUAAAGACCUGCAGUCUCGGGAGGAGACUCGAAAUGCUGCCUGGAGGAAGAGGGGCUGGGAUGAAAAUGUCUACUAUACAGUCCCCUUGGUGCGACACAUGGAGUCUCGGAUCAUGAUCCCCUUGAAGAUUUCGCCUCUACAAUGAUGCUGCUGAUGGCUCUAGCUCCUUCCCCUUCUCCCUCAAGGCAGCCAGGACAGAGGAGUUCCCAGUCCUGAUUUCUCUUGGCUCUGGGAAGACUCUGAAGGGUAGUGCACAGCUCAGACAAAGAUGACAAGGCUCUGAGGACUUAAGCUCUGUCCAGAUCCAUCCUUCCCUAAGCCUUUCCACUCACCUCUUUCCCCUCUGCUGGUAGUUUCUAAUUUCCCUAAAUGAAGAAUAGCAACCUUUUAGGACUUCUCACAUUUCUCCCCGAGAUUCCUCAUAAUCAAGGCCACCAGUCCCAGGUAUCAGCAUGGAAACCCUUGGGUUAGCAUAGUUGCACAGAAGGUAGUGUGAAAGGAGGAGGUCAGACCAGGCCAGGCUUUGAGGAAUUCCCUGAUCUCCACUGUGCCAUCCUUACUGCAUAAGCAAAGACUGAGUCAAGUCCCACUUGUUGGGGAAAAGCCUGGUAUUGCCAUAAACCCUCAAAUCUUAAAGGUUAGAAUGAAAUCCAGAAUCUAUCCAGAGAGGCUGGGAAAAGGGAUUGGAGCAGGAUUAAUUUGGGAGCAAGAGACAGACAUGAAACAGAAACUAGAACUUAGAACUCAAGAGAACUUGCACAAUUUGUAAAACAGAACUGGGAAGACAGAAUAAAGGUGACCAAUUGGCAAGAAGGUCCAUAAUACUAGAUAGAGAAGCUUAUCUGGGAUUGAGAACUUAAAUAUGUAGUUCCAGCCCUUAUCCUGCCCUCCCUCCUUCUUACAGGCAAAACUACAGGACAGGGCCUGUAUUUCCCUCAUCCAGCAUUAUUUUCCCCUUACUUGACAUUCUGUCAGCCCAACUCUUAUUUUACAGGGCCUGAAGCCUGUGGAGUAGGGUCAGUGACUCUGGGGACUUCCUCAGUGACCCCAAUACCUCAUGAACCCUUGGGUAGCUUGAGUCUGCCUCCUUACCAGGAAAAUGCGCUGGAGUUGCUGAUGGAAUCAAUUAAAUAUUUACUACAAAUUA